AUGGCCGGGGGGCUGCUGCUGUGCGGGGCCCUGCUGCUGUGCGGGGAGCUGGCGGCGGGACCAACGAAAGCUCCCACACCAGCGCCUCUGUUUCGCAGGGUGGAUAUUGCCCUGGGCUGCUCCUACGUGGGGGAAGACGCGAGAGGCUUGCUGCAUGCCUUUGGCAGCUCGUCCUCCGAGCAUCCUGCUACCCUCGUGCUGAGGGGUGUCAGUGUCAGAGAUGAUGGGAACUUGGAUGAUGUAACUGAGUACAAAGUCCCACAGGAAGAUCCCGACUCCUCUUCUCCCAUUGUCUUUGAAGCCUCAGCCCAGUCGGUGUCCAUCCCACACGCGGAGUCCCUGCUGCACGCGGACUGCAAUGGGGAGGAGGUGAACUGCGAGAUCUCCCCAUACAGCUCUCAGCGGGCUGGUGAGGGGCCCUGCCGUACCUCCUGGUUCAUGGCCACCCUGCACCUCUCCAGCGGGAUCAGUAUCGCCCUGGUGCUCAGAGGACCCCACUGCGGCAGCCGGGAGGAGGAGAAGGAGCACGAUGCAACACUGCACCCAAAGCUGAGGAUUCCUAUGAGCAAGGAGGGGACGUUGCUGACCACAGUUGAAUUUCAGUCGUCAUCACGCAACACUUCCCUGCGCACGCAUCUUGGCAGCUCAGUCACCCUUGACUGCCGCUUUGCCUUGGCUCCCAGCUCCUCGCUGUCCUCCCUGGAGUGGAGGAGGCAGCACCGAGGCAGCGGCCGUAGCCUUUUCCGGUACCAGGUGGGGAGCACAGGCCCAGCAGCACAGCCAAAAGUCCACGUGGAUGUGGCGGAGCUGCUGGGGAGUGGAGACGCAUCGCUUAGCCUGCAAGGAGUGAGCGUGGGAGACGAAGGGACGUACAUCUGUUUGGUGUCCACCCUGCUGCACCAGGCCCAGCACAACAUCCAGCUACAUGUGGCCGAGCCUCCAAGAGUUCGUGUCAUUCCAGCAGUGGUGUCAUUCGAGAGAGAGGUGACGACUACUCUGACCUGCAACAUUGCUGGCUAUUACCCACUGGACGUCUCGGUGAGCUGGACACAGAAGACUCCUGAAGAUGACACGGAAAUCCCUCUCUCAAACGCACGUUUCUCCAGCCACCGGCAAAGCCAAGAUGGCACCUACAGCAUCACCUCCUACCUCAGCAUCAGCUCAGCCACAGCGCAGGCACCAGCCACCUACAGCUGCCAUGUUUCACACGUGGCCCUGGCCGAGCCCAUCUCUGUGAGUGCCCAUCUUAAGGCACCAGAGCAAACGGGAUCGGAAAGACUGGUGGGGGGUUUCAUUGCUACUGUCAUUUUCAUCGCUGUCCUCUUCGUUGUGCUCGGGAGAAGAGCAGCUAAACCACAGUCUGAGCAACUUCUAAGGGCUUCAGAAUAGAGGAAACCCUUGUGUCACCCACCUGCAGUCCUUUGUCUCCCGUCCCUCGACACAUCCUGCUCAGGAGAGCCAGCCCUGUCCAAAUAUUAACAGAGCUGUUGGUUGGUAUGGGAGGAGUAGGGCUGCCCUUGGUGGAGGAGCUGAGGGACCGUUCAGAGGUGGACUCACAGAAAAACAUGUCUUCAUCUUGGGAGGGCAACAUCGAUAGCCUCAGCUCUUUGCUGGGACGCUGCAGUACAAGCAACAUGCAUGCAUUUUUAGAAAUGCUUCUUCUCCAGUUUCAGGGAAAAUUAAAUUGUAUAUAGAUGGGUGUUUGUAUAACUGUAUAUAUAUGUGUGUGUGUAUAUAGACAUAUGUUUGUAUGUGUACAUGUUGUAAGUAGGUAUACCACAUUUACACAUGUAUGUAGGUAUGUAUCUGUAGAUGUAUAUAGGUACAUUUGGUUAAUGCCUGAGGCAGGUGUUUAAGUAAGAUAUUUAUGUAUGUAUGUGUUUUAACUGUGAAGUUGGGCAAAUAAGUAGGCAAAAUUGGUACUUCACAAUAGUCAAUCCUGAAACAGAGGAAGUUAUGGGUUAAACUGAUCACAAAUCAAGCAAUCAGAAAAAUAUGACUCUCUAUGAGAAAGCUACAAUAAAUUUUUUAAUAGAAAUUUCACUGCUAGAAGUUUACAAGGUGGAAAAGAUCUGUGGUUCUGUAGUUGUGAAAAAGAGACACGGUUAAACACUUUUCCUGCCUAACAGGGAAUUUGAAGGUAAUACUUAGAAAUCUUGUAUAUAACCAACAGGGGGAAAAAAAGGCGAAGGAAGGUGUGGAUGGAAAGGAGGUAUAUGGCACACAAUAAAAGUGAGAAUUUAUGAAGCAUAUAAGGUGAUAAGGAGUGUUCAAAAUAAUCUGGAAAAACUGGAUUGCUGCAAGUGCUACGGCACUUGGAAGGAGUUUUUUCAAAAUACGUUGAAAACCAAGAAAUUCUAGCAACGGCCUAGGCUUUUACGGGGUGGAUAUAGGUAAAACUGUUGAUAGAGAAGAUUUUGAUGGAGGCUUUUUGAUACAGAGAAGACAGUUGUUUGUAUACAGAAAGAAACAGAAUUGUGUAUUCAUACUACAUGGGGAUGGUAAACAACUUCCUAAUCUAUUUGCGAACUAAGGAAGGUUUUAACAGCCUCUAUUAAGCGUAAGUAUUUUCAGAUCAGUAGCCAAGAAAUUUGCCUCUCGGAAUCAUAAAAGAUUUGGCUGAGGAGGCAC